AUGCGGCCGUUCAAUAUUCUGAAGGACAAGUAUUUCCGGAAGUACUCCCGUUUUCUGAACUCUGUCGAAGGGUAUAUCAAGCCGGCCAAGCCGUGGAAAGCGCGUGAAAAUGUCGAUAACAUCGCCGGUGCACUCCGUGAAACGCUAAAGGAUGAAAUUGCCGAUGAAUGUGACUACUACACUGCGUCGGCCGAUAUCUGGACAUCCAAGAGCAAGCCCGCAUUUAUUUCGUUCACCCUCCACUAUCCCGCAACUUUGAUCUCAAGAACUGGGUCCUCGAGAUUAAGGUGCUACCGGGAAAGCACGACGGACGUCGCAUUGCUAGCUGUCUGGAAAAGAUUAUGGUGUGGUGUGUAA